AUGGCUACCCUGGGUGACCUGGGUUUGUCUGCGGGGAUCAACAUUCUCAGUGCCUUCGUGUUCUUGGUGAUAUUUGCUAUACUGAGGCUGCAACCAUUCAACGACAGAGUGUACUUCCCCAAGUGGUAUCUCCGGGGUCUACGGAGCAGCCCGACAACCUCUGGGGUCGUGCAGAAGAUUGUGAAUUUGGAUUACAGGUCGUACCUGAGAUUCCUGGUGUGGAUGCCAGAAGCCCUGAAAAUGCCCGAAGCUGAGCUUAUUAGCCACGCAGGGCUCGACUCAGCGGUGUAUCUACGCAUAUAUCUGAUCGGGUAUGCCGCAUUGCUCAAGAAGCCCGUUCCUUUUUCGCUUGUAUCAUCGUUCUGAGAGGAGGAUGAUGAUGAUGAUGAUCUUGUUGACUACUGUCUGUCUGUUCUUCGCUCUCAUUGACCACGAGCAAUUAUUUACUCUCUACAGGCUGAAAAUAUUUGUUCCGAUUACUUUCCUUGGAUUCGCGGUGUUGGUGCCUGUCAACUGGACCAAUAACACUCUCGAAGACUCAAAGCUGGUAUUCAGUAGCAUAGACAAGCUUACAAUCUCCAACAUUCCAGAAGGAUCGCACAGGUGAGCAAAGCUCACAGCCUCGAUCUCUUCGUCUGCUUGCAGCUUUUCAGCCCCUCUGAGGGUGGAUGUCGGUUAUCAGAGGAUCCAUCGUACGUCAACUCUCACGUUGUCAUCAAUGGUGAUUGGCAUUUAUGCCUGCUCCAUCUCUGUGUGGCCUAGUGAACGCAGAGUUUCUGAUGAUUCUUGCUUUAUAAAUUCCUUUUUAAUAUGCUUGGAGCUAAAAAUGAUGAUGCUCGACGACAUAUAACGUUUUGAUUAUUUCUGUCAGCAGAGUUAGCUCCUUGGAUAGAGGAUGCCGUGGGUAAUGAAAUAAUUAAUUAAUAUGCUCCUUGCAUAGGUCAAACUAUGGAAAAAGAGCAGAAUAGCAGCAAUGAGAACGUUAAUUUCCCUGUUUGUCUUGCCUAUUGUGUGUGGCGUGUGGACUUAGGCUCUGAUCAGCAGAAUCACUGGUUUGGACGAAAAAGACUGGUCAUUGACUAAAUACUAACAGUAAACUUGUGAUUACUUAUCCAAUUUUGUGGUAUGUGUAUUAAAGGGGCUCAUUUGACGACUUUAAUAGCAUAUGAUAUAAUGGUGUCAUGUACAAGACUAUCUGGGUGCUUUUACUGGGGAAUUUAGACGGCUUUCAGUGAAAUUCACCCUGCCUUAACCUUUUCUUUAUUGGAGUGCUCAAUGAAACUAGCUCCUAUGAUCUGCUGUAUGAUAUUCUUCAUCAACUUUGCAGAUUUUGGGUUCAUCUGCUAAUGGCAUAUGCUUUUACUAUCUGGACAUGCUACGUCUUGCUUAAGGAGUAUGAGACAGUUGCAACAAUGAGAUUGCAUUUUCUUGCUACAGAGAGGCGACGCCCGGACCAAUUUACAGUAAGUCUUCCCCCGAAGAAAAAGAUUCAACUCUGAAAGCUAUUUUUUAACAGUUUCAUGUUUUUUUCUUUAUGGUGCCAAAUGAUCCUUCAAUUUCUAUGGUGGUAUUUAUGGUAGCUAAGUGGCACAGUUUUUCCCAUCCUAGUAAACAUAUAUUUGACAAAAAAAAUUAAUAUCAUCUGAUCACUCCCUCUGAAUAGUAAACUACUUACUUUGGCUCUUUGCAGGUACUUGUAAGGAAUGUACCACCUGAUCCUGAUGAAUCUGUUAGCGAGCUUGUGGAACACUUCUUUCUGGUCAACCAUCCUGAUCACUACCUCACUCAUCAGGUUCAGUCCACAAGCCUUGUGCUUACAUUUAUCAUUGUUGGCAGCUUUCAUGGGCAUCAGUUAUUUAAAGCUUUUUACCAUCUAUCGUUUAUUUUUAGGUUGUUUAUAAUGCAAACGAUCUGGCUAAACUGGUCAAAGAGAAGAAAAAGAUGCAGAAUUGGCUUGAUUACAGUCAACUGAGAUAUGAGCGGAAUCCAAAAAUUAGGCCUACUCACAAGGUACAGUUGCCUGGAUGCUUGUUAUGUGUAUUCCUUGUUACAUUACACCGUGAGAGUUCUCUCUCUUUAUAGCUCUUAUGUGGAAGUAUGCACAACUGAGGCCAUCUAUUUACUUUUCCAGACUGGUUUUCUUGGACUGUGGGGCAGGAGGGUUGACUCUAUCGAGUAUUACACAUCCGAGAUAGAUAGGCUGUCAGAAGAAGUAAGUGAAUUUCUUUGGAUAUCUUAAAGUUUUCUAUUUAUUUUUCUCCGUCUAAAGAACAUGAACCCACGAAUGAAGUAUUAGCUGCAUGAAUUCCUCCCAAAAAGGCACACAAUUUAAUGAGAUUAUAAGAACUGGUAUCCCUAAUCUGCUUUCAAAUCAAAGAAAGAUCGCAAACUUGUUAUUGGAAUUCGUUUUCUUCCUUUUUUUCUUCUUCUGAUCAACUAUUUAAUAUAGGAAACUGCAGAGCGUGCGAGGACAAGGAAGAGCACCAAGUAUGUCAUGCCAGCAGCAUUCGUAUCUUUUAGAACACGAUGGGCGGCAGCUGUUUGUGCACAGACACAGCAGACCCGGGAUCCAGGGAUAUGGUUAACAGCAUGGGCUCCAGAGCCUCGAGACGUGUAUUGGCCAAAUCUUGCGAUUCCACUCGUUUCUCUUACAAUCAGAAAGUUGAUAGUAGCGGUGGCGUUCUUCUUUCUCACCUUCUUCUUCAUGAUUCCUAUCGCAUUUGUUCAAUCUCUUGCAAACUUAGAGGGAAUUGGGAAGGUCGCUCCAUUCUUGAAGCCCAUAAUAGAAAUGUAUGAACUCUUCUCCCUGGAACUCCUCGUGCACAUACACCCUCUUUCUAACCGGUAACACGCCACUCCUUUUACAGAGACUUUAUCAAAUCAUUCAUACAAGGCUUUCUUCCGGGGAUUGCUCUUAAGAUUUUCCUCAUCUUGCUGCCAACUAUUCUGAUGCUCAUGUCCAAGUUUGAAGGAAUUGUGGCGGUCUCAGCUCUCGAGCGAAGAUCAGCAUCCAAAUAUUAUCUCUUCUUACUUGUCAACGUUUUUCUUGGGAGUGUGAUUGCUGGCACUGCCUUCCAACAGCUCAACACCUUCAUUCAUCAACCAGCAAAUGAGUAUGUUUCUGACAUUGCACAUCGUAUAAUGCUGUUAGCUCAAAUGCUCGCGUGACAAAAGCUGAAAAUGCUUAUUUAUCAGUCGUCAAAAUGAGUAGGUCUAUGAAAUACAAAAAAAGUGCAUCUGGGUUCAUAAGAUUUUAUUCUUAAAAGUGUUUAGACGGGCAGAUGGAAAAGAAUUCAUUUUUACAUAUGAAUUAAACAUAAGAAAAAAAAAUCUUUGGGCACGAUAUCACUCUCCCAAACAACAAAAACAGUAAGUUUCUCCUCUGCUUUCCUUCGUUAGUAUAUAUAAAUACUUAAAAUAUGUAGACAUAUGCAUGCACACCUUUACAUAUAGAUGUUCCUGUUUAUAACUGUAAAGUCACUAGCAGAAUAAUUUUUCUUCGAAGGGAUGAUAAAGACGUUGGUGGCAGUGCCGUUUACAUUUGCAUGUAAUGUGGGUGUAUUUCUCUGUCCAUUAAACGUUGCCCAUUGAAUAGGGGUUUAUGGGUCGUGCCUUUUAUGAUUCCUCUGUUGUUGUGCAAUUUCAAUUAUUGAUGGGUUUUUAUAUCUUGAUAGCAUGCAUUUUUUUAUCAUACGACCUGGUUCCAUGCCUGAAGCAUUGCGCUGUUCCAGAUGUUCCCUCUGCACAUGCCUCCGAUUUUUUUCAGCUAUGAUCACACUGAGAUCUGUCCUGCCCGCAUCUGACGUGUUUCUGCAGGAUUCCGAUCACUAUUGGCCAAUCCAUUCCCCUGAAAGCAACCUUCUUCAUAACUUAUAUCAUGGUUGAUGGAUGGGCUGGGGUUGCUGGGGAAAUCCUGAGGCUGAAACCGCUGAUAAUAUACCACCUGAAGAACUUCUUUCUGGUGAAGACCGAGAGAGACAGAGAAGCAGCAAUGGACCCAGGGAGCAUCGGAUUCAACACCUCUGAACCACAAAUACAGUUGUAUUUCUUGCUCGGCCUGGUUUAUGCCGUCAGCACACCGUUCCUGCUUCCUUUUAUUCUGGUGUUCUUUGGUCUCGCAUACGUUGUCUACCGCCAUCAGGUUGAUUCCCCAGUCAAAUUUGCUAUUCUGUGUUCAUCAUUAUGUAAAAUAUGUGAUUCUCUAUGUCCUGAUCUAUUUCUCCUCUCUCUCUCGCUUUCUUCUUGUUGUUGCUAUUGUUAGAUCAUCAACGUCUACAACCAAGAGUACGAGAGUGGCGCCCAGUUCUGGCCGGAUGUGCAUGGACGUAUUAUCACUGCAUUGAUCAUAUCUCAGGUGCUCCUAUUCGGAUUGAUGAGCACGAAGAAAGCGGCUCAGUCAACGCCUUUGCUCAUCGCUCUUCCCGUGAUGACCAUAUGGUUCCAUAUAUACAGCAAAAGCCGCUACCAGCCAGCAUUCGUCAAGUUUCCAUUGCAGGUUCUGCUCACUGCCACUCCUCCUUCCAUCUUGUUUCUGAACUCUGCGGCCAUAGAGUUUCUUUUUUUUGUCAAAGUUUCCAUUGCAAGUUUCCAUCUUGUUUCGUCAAGCAAAGGACCCCUCUUCCUCCUUCGCUUUGACAUUAGAUGUUAGACUUGCGUGGAAAAGAUGACUUUUUUUUUCUUUUUCUGAGGACAGGAUCUGGGUGGCGAGUCCUUUCUAGGUAUAUAUAUACAUACAUACCACGGUGCAAGCUAUCUGCUUGUUUUCUGGCUCAAUAUUUCUGCGAUUUUUUGCCUUGAUAUUUCUUCUUCUUCUACAAUCAAUAACUGUUCUUCUGUGCGGGGGAUUAUUACAAUCAAAACUUUCGCGGUUGAUGUAUUUAUUUAUUUAUUUACUUCUUCCCUGAUAGCUCUCAGAAGUGAUUCUUCUGGGUAUAAAUGGUUGAUUAUUUAUCUGUGGUAUGCCCGAGUAGAGCCAAAGACUCUUGCUCGCGCAGUGUUCUUCAUACGAAGAUUGAUCCUUGUGCUUCACAGGAAGCGAUGAUGAAAGAUACCCUCGAACGAACUCGGGAGCCCAACCUGGACCUGAAGGGGUACCUUUCGAAUACCUACGUCCAUCCGGUGUUCAAGGAUGACGAAGACGAGGACAACGAGGAUGUCCCCUACGACCAUGACCGAUCGCUCGUGCUCACAAAGCGCGUGUCGCGGAGGAACACGCCCGUUCCCAGCCGGCACAACGCGUCGUCGCCGCCCUCUUUGAAAGGAGCUGGUGAUGGUGGCCCAGAUUUCCUCUGA